GAACCGCAAACCCAAACGUCAAACACGAAGUGAAGGUGGAAAACGGGAAACUUUUUCUGAUGCAACAUCAUCAAGUUGGAAGAUCCUGCUAGUGAAAAAAAGUGCAUUUUUGGGUAAUAUCCCGGUCUAUUUCCGUGCAAUUUAGUGAAACAUUUUUUCCACAACUAUGGCUGAAGAUGAUGCGAUCUUUGAUCCUUCGUUGAUGAAGAAAAAGAAGAAGAAGAAGACCCCGUUCGAUUUGGACGGUGCUAUGGCCGCGGAAGAAGACACAGAAGUCCCGGAUACUGAAACUGCAACCGGAGCGGCCAGUGAAGCGUCCGUUGCUGGCGGUGCUUCGAACGAUGCCGGAAACGACAUGGACGAUAAUUUAGAUCUGGACACAUUCGGUGGCAAGAAGAAAAAGAAGAAGAAGAAGCCGUUCAAUUUGGAAGACAUCGACAGUGCCCUGGCCGGAGUGGACGGUGGUGAAACCGAGAAGGAGUCCAAGGGGGCCGAUGAGGGCGAAGGUGGUGGCUUCGGCGGGGACGAUGGAUUGGAUGAUGAUAUGAAGAUCGAUUUCAGCAUGAAGAAGAAAAAGAAGAAGAAGAAGGAUCUGACCGAACUGAUGGAAGCGGAGGAUGCCGCGCGGGAGGAGGAAAAGGAGAAUGUUGACGAACAGUGUACCCCAUGGGCGGCAACGGAUCGUGACUACACUUACGAUGAACUGCUGCAGCGUGUGUUUGAAAUUAUCCUGGACAAAAAUCCGGACAUGGCGGCUGGCAGGAAACCAAAGUUCGUCAUGCGUCCUCCUCAGGUCCUCCGUGUCGGCACCAAGAAAACCUCCUUCGCCAACUUCACGGAAAUCUGCAAAACCCUGCACAGACAGCCGAAGCAUUUGCUGGACUUUUUGCUGGCCGAAUUGGGUACGAGUGGUUCGGUGGACGGUAACUCGCAGCUCAUCAUCAAGGGUCGCUUCCAGCCGAAACAGAUCGAAAACGUGCUCCGGCGGUACAUCAAGGAGUACGUGACGUGUCACACCUGCCGCUCGCCCGAAACCAUUCUCCAGAAGGACACCCGUCUGUUCUUCCUGCAGUGCGAAUCGUGCGGGUCGCGAUGCUCGGUGGCUAGUAUUAAGUCCGGUUUCCAGGCCGUCACCAGCAAACGUGCGGCGAUACGUGCAAAGACGGCUUAAGCUGCUGCGACGCUCUCGUGGAAUUCGAUUGUGUUCUAUUGUAUGCAAAAUUAUUGUUUUGUUUAUUUGCUUCAAUUAUUAUUCCGUGUUGCGUGGAAAAUUGGUUCCAAAGUGGAGUCCCUGCGGUGAUUGUUUAUGAACCAUUAAACAGAAUAUACAAUAGCGAACAUAAUAUAAAAUAGACACAAGUUUGUAUGUUUAAUGAUAAUCUUUAUUCGAGUAGAAUCACCUUUUUACAAAACCUCUAAUCGACUCAAUAAAAAUGCACUUUUCCUGUGUAAUUAUAAA